AAAAAAACAGGCGUGCUAACUGGUAGUUGACCAUAUAGGGAAAGAAAAGAAAACGAUGAUAACAAGGUGAUAGGAGUUGGUGGAGCAGCAAAUCAAUCACCGGUCAGGGCGAAAAAAGUCCACAAACAUAUAUUUUGUAGAGUGUCCACCCAAUAUGUAUUACACGUGUCAGCUCAUGGUUGUGCAUGUCCUUUACCUCUAUCCACUCCCACACUGCUUUACCCUUCAUUUCAUUACAUUUGUGACCAUCCUCAUUUCUUGAGUUCGCUUAACACACAAUAAUUACUCUCUCAUUAAACUCCUUGUUAAUGGCGUCGUCCGAAAAUGAGGUCCUAAUUGAUAACAACACGAAUAAGCUCGUCGAUAAUAUCCCCAAUUUCCCCAGCCCCUUCCUAUUCUUCACAAACCUCCUCACUCUCCAAGCCCAGAUAUUCUCCACGUGCCUACUCAGCCUCGCCUCACCCUUCUUCUCUAUCUUCUCCUUCUUUCGCCGGCCGGCCGGCCACGAUUACCAAAAACGGGACGGCAGCCGCCUGCUGGGGAGGAUAGCGGCGGGCUUGAUGGCGGCAGUGUACGUCUGCGUGGUGCUGAUGUCAGCGUUGGCUGUGGCGGUGGUUUUAGGAGUGGGCCUCGUGAGAGCGUGGGCCGAGGGGCCCAUUUACACGAGGAUGGGCCUGCAGUUUGAUUACUCGGAGGCCCACCCGAUGGCCGUGGUUCAGCUUGGGCCGGCGGCCCACGUGGGCCACACCUAUUAUAUAUCCUUGCUUCUCUUGAUGCCCGAGUCCGAUUACAACAGAGACCUCGGUAUAUUUCAGGUGAGUGCGGAGUUGGUAUCGGCACAAGGUGAUAUAAUCGCAAAAUCUAGUCAGCCGUGCAUGUUACGGUUCAGAAGCUGGCCCAUCAGGCUGACGAGGACAUUUGUGAUGAGUUUACCGCUUAUACUCGGCAUCACGACUGAAACUCAAUCCAUUACCUUCCUAAUACUAAAACAUAGAGAAAGCAGCAAUCAUCCCCGAACAGAAUACAUCAGGAUUAUGAUGAUCCCACGAGCAGGAACUGCAUCUCUUCCUCAGUUUUACGAUGCUGAGGUUUUCGUGAGAUCCCAGCCGCCAUGGACAAAAGAAUUUGUUCACAGGUGGAAGUUGACUUUCUGCGUGUGGACAACUAUGUACGUGUUCAUAAUAUUGCUGGUUAUGGUUCUCGUGUCUUUACUCAAGCCGCUCAUCUUUCCAGUCAUGGUGGUGACUCCUCCUCCUCCUCCUCGAGAUCAUUUAAUAUCUUCCGAUGAGAGGGCAUCUGUGAAUAGAUGGAAAAUUAGCAAUAGGAGUAAAAGGAAGGCAGCUGCCAAUGCCAUUCUUCAUGGACCUGCAGCCACAAGUAUUUCGGUUUCUCAUGGGAUGGAUUUUGAAGAAGGCAGUGGGGACUCGUCAGAGUCUGUGUGUUUCUACAAGUGAUAUCAACACAAAAGGGAAUAUAGUGAUAUCAGUGCGUGAAGUGGGAUUUGAGAUGAAAAUUAUGCUAGUGUUAUGUUAUUUUUUAAGUUGUAUGAAACAUGGUAAAUUAUGUACUGAUGUUAUACUUGUGUGUUUAGUUCUGUGAGAAAGAUUAGUUUGACAGAUGCUGAUUUGUGGAGAAACGUUAUCGGCUGCAAACGAGUCGAGUCGAGUCGAGCAAUUGAUUUUUUUUUUUUUCCUGCUCGAGCUCAAUUUAUGACGCCCGAGAUCGACUCAACAAAAGAAGACAAUCACUCGAGUUUGGUUUGAGAUCGAUUGAAAUCAAAAUGCU